GGCGUUUCCGGCACCUAUAAAAAGAAAACGCUGCUAACAGCAUUCGCCAGCGCUGAGUGUUUGUUAGUUGCCUCGAUCUUUCUCGCUUGCGGUUCUGCGGUCUGUGAGUUUGUCCCGCUUCAGCAGGUUCUGUGUCUGUGCUUCUGCCGUCUUCUCUGAGUGUGAACGCUGUGAAGGCGGCUAUGGCGAAAGGAGGUCCUGCAUCUGUUGUCCAUGACGGCGGCGGCGGCGGCUGUGCAUCCGCUGCCGCCAAGCCGCAAGUUUUCAUGGCAGGAAGAAAGAAACGAAAGAAGCUCGUGGGAUUCCCGACCUGGCCCCCUUCUUGUGGUGUCGCUGGCGAUGGCGUGGAAUGGAAAGAAGCUGAGGAGGAGGACGAAACUGAGGAAGAAGACGGGACGGGAGCUGGUGUUCAUGGGCAUGGGCCAUCUCCAGGUGAGCUUGGUGAAAUUGGCCCCCAAGAUCGCUUUGGCAGGCCUUCUAUGGGAGAGGGGGCGCGGAGGACAAAGAAGAGGAAGACAAUGAAGGAUGUCCGUGAGGACGGGAACGUAGCAGAGACAUCAGGAGACGCCGCGGAUGCUCCUGCGAGUGAAAGGGAGUCGAUGGAGUGGCCGCGGCGGCGGCGGUGGCGGAGGCGGCCGGUAUCGGGUCAUGCGGCGCAGCAUUUUGCGAAUGGUGUGAGGAGGUGGGCGGAGAAGGACGAAGCGCGAGGGAGGGGGUGUGGAGAGUCCACCUGGAGGCACUCUUUAGAGCCCGUGGAGAAGAAGAGGAAGAGGCGGGAUGAUGACGAACCAGACGUCGGUGGAUUCUGUAAAUAUCGUAGAGGCAAUGAGCAGGACAUGGAUGGUCCGGCAGCGGCGGAGUCGGGCUCUCUGGGUGAUGCGGCGGCGGCUUUCGUCGACUCGGGAACAAACUACCCUGUCGAUGGAUUGAAGGUGAGGAGUUGUAAGCGGAGGUGGUCGGGCAGUGACGUGGUUGAAGGUGGGGUGAAGAGAAGGCAGGUAGGCGGCGAGGGUGCUCGCGUUGAGGAGCGCGCAAUCGACGGAGAGGAGACGGACAGAGAGGAUGGGGAGGAGGAGGAGGAGGAGGAGGAGGAGGAGGAGGGGGUUGCAGGUGACGAUUGCGAUGAGAGGAAACGUAUGCUGCGGCGCCGGCGAAGGACGAGCGAUGGUGCGGAAGAGGAGACGUGCGUGCUGGGGAGGAGGAAGGCGAAGAGGGCAUGCAUACGGCAGGAAGUUGAAGAAAUGCAUGAUGGUGCUACUGCUGUGCCAAUGGAGAGCGAAGCUUCGGGGUGGAAUAGCUAUGGCGGAAGGAUGGGGGAGAAGACGGGCAAGCGUUGUCGACGAGGAGGUAGCGAGGAGGAUGACAAGCCGUCGAUCGUGAGGAGAAGGGUCGCGACUCAAGCGGAGGAGGGAUGGGGUGAUCGGCGGCCGGGAUCUGCUUUCGCUCGCCUUGCUAAGCGGCUGAGAGAGAUGCAAGUUUGGGGACUCGAACGAGAUAACGACGGGGAGAUUGCUCUGCCAGCGGCGAAGGAGUCGUCUGCGAUGGAGCAAGAGUAUGAUCAGAGGAGGAAGAGGCUCAAGAGGGGGGAAGGUUGGCAGGAAAACGGCAGGGAAGAGACCUAUGCGCCUGUGUCGGAGCCAACGGAAGGCCACGUUUGCGGCGGGAUGGCGGGGAACGCUUGCGCGAUGACGGGGAACGCCGGGGUGAUGGCGGCAAACGCUGCCAAAACUAGGGGAGGUGCGGGGGAGAAGCAGAAAGACAAAGACGGGGGGAAGAAGGAUGGGGGACACGUUGUAUGCGGCUGGGGAAUGACGAUGACCAGGUGCGAAAGAAUGGCUGACGGCAGCCGGGGACAAGUUUUGGCGGGAAAAGAGACGGGGGGGGAUUGGGGACAAGUUUUGGCGGGAAAAGAAACGGGGGGAGAUUGGGGACACGUUUUGGCGAGAAAAGAAAAGCGGGGGGAUUGGCCUGCUCGAAAGAGGCGAAGAGGGAGAGGAGGGGGGGAGAACACCAGCAACGUAUCAGCGGAGAGCGAUGACGAGGAGCGCUGACGUACCUACGCGGAGGACAGUCGCAAUCGAUUGGGAAAACGCCGCAAGUAUGCCGCGCGUGAUGACACGUUGGAGACGAACACUCUUGGUUGGUUAUGCAUGCAUCCCCGGAGAUUGACAGAAAACCAACAGACCAAUCAUCGAUGGCUUGAUUGGUUGAGUGAUACAAGAUCUUAAUAGACCAAUCAAUCGCUUGAUUGGUUUGUUUAGCCGGCGUGAGUAGGAGUUAAUAGACUGUCUGUACGUUUGGGGGAGGCAAGGAGGUGGAGAUAGCUCGACCGCCCUGCUCCCUCUGGAGGGGGCGUGCUCGGUGAAAGACUGGCAGUAGCAGUAGCGUAGGGGAAGGUUUUCAAGAUGAGGGUGGUAGGUAGGAGAAGAGGGUGGGGGAGAAGGAUUGGCCCUGAUUGUGCUGAAAUAGCCGCGAGUUUCCGAGAUGAUCCUUCCUUCCCAUGCUUCUUGUUGUUGUUGAAGGCAGGGGCUGUAUAAUCAAGCCCCUCCCGACUU